CUCUUCACGCUCGCAGGCCCAGGAUCAGCUGCUCCAUGCGCUCCAGCUGAACAGGCAGGAUGUGACCUACGUCAUGCUGGGGAAGAUCCACCUGCUAGAGGGCUGCAUGGACAAAGCGGUUGAGGUCUACAAGAAAGCUGUGGAGUUCUCGCCGGAAAACACGGAGCUCCACACAACACUGGGGCUGCUCUACUUACAGCUUGGCUUUUACCAAAAGGCAUUCGAACAUCUUGGAAAUGCGCUGUCAUACGACCCCACCAACUACAAGGCCAUCCUGGCAGCAGGCAGCAUGAUGCAGACCCAUGGGGACUUUGAUGUUGCCCUCACCAAGUACAGAGCUGUAGCCUGCAACGUCCCAGAAAGUGCCCCUCUCUGGAAUAACAUUGGAAUGUGUUUCUUCGGCAAGAAGAAAUACGUGGCAGCUAUCAGCUGCCUGAAGCGAGCCAACUACCUGGCUCCCUUCGACUGGAAGAUCCUGCACAACCUGGGCCUUGUCCACCUGGCCAUGCAGCAGUACGCAUCGGCCUUCCACUUCCUCAGCGCGGCCAUCAACUUCCAGCCCAAGAUGGGGGAGCUCUACAUGCUCCUG